AUGAGGAUGCUGCUUUUGUGCCUCUCCCUCUCUCUUGCUCCAGACAUGUGGGCAGUGCUGAGCACCCUAAAAUAGAAACUCACUUGGAUUCUUAGCUCCACACUGAAUCUGGCUCUGGAACAGACCGAGCCAUUGCCAAGUGUCUAAAACUUCUCACCAUUACUUUUAUGUGCAUCCCAAGAGUGCCUGAGGCCUGUCCCACAGCAGCAGACUGCUCUGCGUGGGGGCUGUACAAACACACAGGCAGAGGUGGAUGGGGGGAGGUCCGUGAAGGCUCUGCGGAGCUGCAGGACCUGCAGACCUCUUGCUGCAGGGGAGAUCCACUCUUGGACAAUACCACACCAGUCCUGAUGAGUUUAAAGCCUGAGUGGAUGGGAGAGCUGUAGAGUGAGGGUGGAUGGACACUUGCCCAGGUCAAUGCUACCGAUGAGGAGGCUGCAAACCUCCAGCUCCCACCACCUUUCCCUGGAGAGGGAAUUGGAUGUGAUGGAAAAGCGUCUCUCUCCUUGAUGCAAGAAGCCCCUCAGUGGCUGAACACUGUAUAAACAGCAGCAGCAGGCUCCCUCCCCUUUUCCAUUUCUGUUUGUUAAACACACGCUCCCUGCCUUUCUCUCAUUCAGGAGCUAACACAGCAUCCAGCUUUGUAAGACGGGGGCUGCCAGUCACCCUGCAAAGAGGCUGCUCUCUGGAUGCGCAGGCUGGGGUACCAAAGCUACCCCUGGCGAUGAAGCAUCCUCCGGCAGCCCAGAUCCUCGCCUGACUUCCUCGCUUUUCAGAGGACAGUUGCAGAAAAGUGCUUUUCACCCCUUUGCCACAGGUUGAUUGUCAGAGAGUGGAGAGGACGAAGGGCUCCAUCCUGGCCAGCAAUGAGACGAUAACUCGAGGUGAGCGGCUCGGUUCCCGAAGGAGGACGACACUCUGGCCUUUGCAGACCUCCUUCUCCUCCUGACAGAAGGGCUCAGGCCAGCCAUGGGACUGUUGGAGGGAGCCAACAGCACCCUCACCAUGGAGAAGACAGCAUUAGACGAGAAGCUGCCCCAGGGCUGGCAUGCCAAGGACCUUGUCACACCUAGCCAGGAUCUCGCAGGGUCCCGCAGUGUUAUGAUGGACAGCACCAAGAUCCUGGGGGUCCAGGUUGUUCUGAUUGCCGCCUACUCCCUCAUCAUUCUGCUGGGAUUCAUUGGCAACUCCUUGGUCAUCUACAUCAUAGUGAAGUACAAGAGUAUGAGGACCGUCACAAACUUCUUCAUAGCUAACUUGGCCCUGGCAGACCUGAUGGUGGACACGCUCUGUCUGCCUUUCACCCUGGUGUACACACUCCUGGACGAGUGGAAGUUUGGAGCUGUUCUUUGUCAUCUGGUCCCUUAUGCUCAAGCUCUGAGUGUCCAUGUGUCCAUUCUCACCCUGACUGUGAUUGCCCUGGAUAGGUACCGGUGUAUUGUUUUCCAUCUGGACAGCAGGAUUUCCAAAAGGCUCAGCUUCACCAUCAUCACCAUCAUGUGGCUAGCAGCAGCUGUCCUAGCAGGUCCUCUGGCCAUCUUCAGAGAGUAUCGGUAUGAGGAAAUCCCAUCCAUCAACCUCAAAAUGGCUGUCUGCUCAGAAAAAUGGCCCUCUGGUAAUAACAGAGAUGCCACUAUCUACAGCCUGUCCAUGCUCCUCCUGCAGUAUGUUUUUCCUCUUGCAAUUAUUUGUUAUGCUUAUACCAGGAUCUGGUUCAAGCUGAAAAACCAUGUCAGUCCCACUUCUAGGAAUGAAAACCAGUGCCGGAGGAGGAAGACAACCAAAAUGCUAGUGAUGGUAGUUGUGGUAUUUGCAGUCUGUUGGCUCCCCUUCCACAUAUUCCAGCUUGCCAUUGAUCUUGAUCUGGUUCUUAUCUUCCAUGAGUACAAACUCCUGUACACUGUCUUCCACGUCGGAGCCAUGUGCUCUACAUUUGUCAACCCCCUGCUCUAUGGAUGGAUGAACAAGAACUACCGGAAUGGUUUCCUUAUGUUCUUCCGCUGCCAGAACAAGCCAGAAAGUAUCCACACUGAAGGCUCAGUUAGAGGGAGGUCGUACAUCUUCAGGACCAACACCCUAAACGGGAGCAUGAAACAGACUCCUGGCAAUGGACCACUGCCCACAGAGGUUUAGGGCUGGGACAUCCACCUCCAGGACUGAGCCCAGAGACAUUCUUGGGUGAAUGUCUUUUUAUUUUGGUGGGAUGUUGUGUUGCCAAAACAUUAUAGCUACCACAGCCACAUAGAAAUACUCCCCUGUAUCUCUCAAAACAAUAAAUUUGGUGUAUUUCUGUCUGA